UUCAUUUAUUUUUUAUCGUCAGCUUUUCCACAAAAAGAAAUCUUUCUAUGCUCUUUAUUAUGUAUCUAAGCCAGUUUGCAAUAGCUAGAUACCUUGUGUACUGUCUGCUUUUACAGAUCAUCGCAUUUGUUGCAAUCUUGAGCUCAGCUGAUGAAGUAAAAGAAAUAUUUUCAGAUGAAGACAAGAAUGAGGCCUUCAGUGUUGGAGAAGGACAACAACAACAGCUGAAAAUCAAAGCUGCUACAAAUUCUACUGGAACAAAAGAAGGUUAUAUAGCUUAUUGUCCUUGUAUGGGUAGAUUUGGUAACCAAGCUGACCAGUUCUUAGGUGCAUUAGCAUUUGCAAAAGGGUUGAAUCGCACCCUAAUCUUACCUCCCUGGGUCGUAUAUCCUCGCUCAAAACCUGGUGAUUCAAUGAGAGUACCCUUUGACAACUGGUUUCAAGUAGAGCCUUUAAAAGAGUAUCACAGAGUUGUUACCAUGGAGAAAUUUAUGAAAGAAAUUGCACCAAAAGUAUGGCCACCUGGUAAAAGAAUAGGUUUCUGCUACUCAUUCCAAAAUGGCAAAAGCUGUUCAAUGAAAGAAGGAAACCCAUUUGGACCAUUUUGGAAUCAUUUCAAAAUCAACUUUAACGAUUACAGAGAACAUACUGGGUUGCUAUGGAAUCCAAUGAAUGAUGAAUGGAAUUCCAGGUUUCCAGUUGCUGAGUACCCUGUUAUAGCAUUGAUGGGAGCGCCUGGUUCUUUUCCAUGUGAAAAGCAAAACCGAUGGCUUCAAAAGUUUGUCAAAUGGUCUGCUGCCAUGAACAAGAGAGCAGAUAAAUUCAUUAAAAAUGUACUUCCAGAGGGACCCUUUGUAGGGAUUCACUUAAGAAAUGGCAUAGAUUUUAAAGGUGCUUGUGAGCAUGUGAAGGACACUAAUUCCUUGUUCGCAUCGACCCAAUGCAUCGAACCUGGCUCUGGUAAAAAGCUAACCUAUGAAAUGUGCUUCCCAAGUGAGAAAGAGAUAUUGAAGAAAGUUAAAAAAGUAGUUAAAGCAAUUAAAGCAAAGAGUGUAUUCGUAGCUACAGAUGACAAUCCACUAGUGAAAAAACUUACGAAAGCUCUUGAAAAGUUGAAGGCUUCUGUUCAUUAUCGCAAAGACCAAGAUGAAAUAUCUGACCCAUUAGUUGACAUGGCAAUCCUGACAAAAGCAGACCACUUCAUAGGAAACUGUGUCUCCAGCUUUUCAGCUUUUGCAAAAAGAAUGAGAGACGCAGAGGGAAAGCCUUCCUCUUUCUGGGCAUAUGAAAAUAUAUGAUCUCUAAAAUAAUUAUUUAUUUAUUGGUAAACUAGAUAAUAUUGUAAUAAAUAAUGUAAAGUAUAUAUUUUUCAUCCAUGUAAAGGAAUUUAAUCUGGACAAUGGACUCCGAAGUCCACAUAUUCCAGAUUCGAGAUUUUAUAGUACAAUUCUAGGAAUUUUGGAGUCCAUAUUCCUUUACAUGGAUCAAUAAUUUUCAGCGAAAUUUUUAGAUUAACUUGAAUUGCAAUUUCAAAACAACACUUCGCGGAAUCGUCACACAUUUUUAACUCUGAAAUUAGAAGUAAACCCGGUUUUAAAAAUUAUCAUGAUAGCAACAAAACCACGGACUUUUUAAAAACACUAUUUAUUGUAUGGCAUGUACUAAACUAAGAAUAAAAACAAGAAUAGCUUUUUUUUCGUGUGUAAUCGCAUAAUGUUUUGGUUUGUUUUUGAAUUUAGGAAUCUCGCCUUCAAGCAGGGAAACACCAAUGCGUGGGUGCUUUAUUUCCUAGAAACGUGUUCUCUAUACGCCUACCACACACGAUUCUGACAGAUGAGGGGAUGUUUUGCUUAUAUCAUAACCAGGGAAGAUAACUACACUGAUUUAAUUUGAAAUUCUCGCUAAAUGGACUGAAACUUUCCUAACAAUUAUUUUGUUAAAACACACUUCUUGCACAAAAACAUGAUACUUUUAUGAUAUGAAUCCCCCUCCCACAAUCAUUUGAUAAUAUAAU